GUUCGUGGCGCUUGCGGUUUGUUGGGUCGGAAGGAAUCGAGGUACUCCCGCUCAGCUCUUUUAUGAGGCUCGUCUCAUUUCCAGGCACCAAUGGCUGACAAUGCACAAGAUUUAGUCAAUAAUGUGUCACGUGAAGGAGCGGAGGCCAACCAGCACACGGACACCGGCAGAUCUACAGCCCGGCCACGGAGAGGGGUUGAGCUCAACGGCCAGCCACCUUCCACUCGCGCCCCACAAGUGGUCAUCGACAACGAGGAAGAGGAGGACGAGGAGCUCACUCUGAAGUAUGGAGCCAAACACGUCAUUAUGCUCUUCGUCCCAGUCACACUGUGCAUGGUGGUCGUCGUGGCAACCAUCAAGUCGGUCAGCUUCUACACGCAAAAGGAUGGCCAGCAACUUAUCUACACCCCCUUCCGUGAAGACACGGACACUGUGGGCCAGCGUGCGGUCAAUUCCAUCCUCAACGCUACCAUCAUGAUCAGUGUGAUUGUGGUGAUGACGCUGGUACUGGUACUGCUCUACAAGUACCGCUGCUAUAAGGUGAUCCACGCCUGGCUGUUCUUCUCCUCCCUGCUCCUGCUCUUCUUUUUCUCCUUUGUUUACCUGCUGGAGGUGUUUAAGACGUACAACGUGGCCAUGGACUACUUCACGCUGGCGGUGAUCAUUUGGAACUUUGGGGUGGUCGGAAUGAUCUGUGUCCACUGGAAGGGUCCGCUGCGAUUGCAGCAGGCAUACCUCAUCAUGAUUAGUGCCCUCAUGUCCCUAGUGUUCAUCAAGUACCUGCCAGAGUGGACUGCCUGGCUCAUCCUGGCUGUCAUCUCUGUCUAUGACCUGUUGGCUGUGUUGUGCCCUAAAGGACCUCUUCGGAUCCUAGUUGAAACGGCUCAAGAAAGGAACGAACCGAUGUUUCCAGGGCUCAUCUACUCUUCGACUAUGGUGUGGCUGGUCGGCAUGGCAGACAACGGAGAAUCGAGGAAUAACUCUUCAGAAGCUGCCCCCAAACAAGAGGGCGAUGGCCUCUCGAUGUAUCCUGUAGUUGCAACGGCGCCGGUGGCUCAGCCAGAGGAUGAUGGGGGUUUCACGCCUGAUUGGGUCGGCCAACAAGAGCAGCGUCUCGGCCCUCUGCAGUCCACCGAUGAAUCGAGACGUCAUAUCCAGGAGAUGCCAUCAGCACGCCCACUGCCAGCAGAUGACGAGGAGGAGAGGGGAGUGAAGCUAGGUCUUGGUGACUUCAUCUUCUAUAGUAUGCUGGUGGGAAAGGCUUCAGCUACAGCCAGUGGUGACUGGAACACAACGUUAGCCUGCUUUGUGGCCAUUCUUAUUGGCUUGUGUCUAACACUCUUGCUUUUGGCCAUCUUUAAGAAAGCCCUCCCAGCUCUCCCCAUCUCCAUUACGUUUGGAUUGAUCUUCUAUUUUGCCACAGACAACCUGGUGCGCCCGUUUAUGGACCAGUUAGCUGUGCACCAGUUCUACAUAUAGCAAAAAGUGUUAUCCUACAACUUGCUUCAUGCUCUGGUCAUACCACAGAGGACCUGAAUCUCAGCAGGAAAGGGUGGAAUCGAUGGCAUUGCCAUUUCCCUGUUUCCUCUGUGAUGGCUGUGUGACUGGAUUAAGAUUUUUUUUUUUUUUUAAGGUUUGGAGUGGGACCUCAAGGAAUUCAUUCCUCCCAUGUGUUUUCCUUGUUCAUUGAUCUUUGUAAAUGCAGCAUCUCUUCAAUGACCCAAAAGAUUGACACUGGCAUUUGUGAUAAUUGUGUAGCAAUUGUUUAAGGGAGACAAAUUGUGAAAAGGGGACGAUCGGCAAAAUGGUUAAUCACCAAAAAGUCAUAUUCAAAUUACAUGAGCGAAAGUUUUAUAAUAACCGGAUGAGGAAAAAAAAUAUGCAUGGCUUAUUUCUGGGUUGAUGGACUCUACUGCAUUAAUGGAACCAUAUCUGGGAUCCAAACUUGAUACAGACAUUACAUUUUCCAUUUACUUGUACAAAGCAUUACUUUAGUGACCUUUAAUUUGUAAGUGAUUUUGACUAAGUGGUUGGUACUGAACACCUUUUCCCUUCUAGCGUGUCUAGAAUUAUGGUUUGGGGUUGAACACUGGCACAGUCCAACCAUGUUUGUUAGGUAAGAUAUAUUGACUUAUUGCUGCAGUUUGUGUUAGAAUUAAAAAGGUAGAGGCUACUGUUUUGCUCUCAUCGUCCGAGGGCAUCGUUCUGGAAUGUAUUAUAAAUACGGUCCUAAACAUACGUUUCACCAAAGUUUGUGGAAAUGUUAGUUUUUAUUGUUUUUGUCUGUCUGUUUUGUUGAUUGUCUAUUAUGUUUAUAGAAUUACCUCUCAACUUUUGUUAAUUACAACAUUCUUUUCCUACAAAAAAACAGAACAGUAUCAUGAUUGUUUUUGUAAUUGGUUUAUAACCAACUUAUAGUUCUUGAAUAAAGGAGAAGCUCUUUGAGCACUUUU